ACAAAAACAAGUGAAAAAUCAACCAAAAUAAACAUUUAAUUCAAUCAUUCUGAAGAAUAAACUGCAAGUGAUUCAUCAUUUACCUACAGAGACAACAAGAAUCCCCCAUUAUUAUAAUGAGUAAUACUAAAGCAUCUUCUGUAGAAUAUUUGGAAACACCUGACAAGUCCGAAAAUGAUAAAAAGUCUUACCAAUGUUUGGUUUUAGCAAAUGGCUUAAAGGUGUUGCUGGUAUCUGAUAAUAAAACCGGUUGCAAUGCCAAUGAAGACCACAAUUCAGCAAAGUUAAGCAAAAAUGAACAGGCUGAUGAAAAACUCUCAGCCGUUGCUCUUAUGGUAGAUGUUGGAUCAUUUAUACAACCUCGCGAGUUUCAGGGUUUGGCCCACUUUUUAGAGCACAUGAUUUUUAUGGGUUCGAAAAAGUAUCCCAAAGAGAAUUCCUUUGAUACGCAUCUCACGAAAUAUGGUGGUAGCAAUAAUGCCUGUACCGAUAGUGAAGACACGCUUUAUUAUUUUGAGGUGCCUGAAAAACAUCUAGACAGCAGUAUGGACUACUUUGCGGCCCAAUUGAAAGAACCUCUGCUAAUAGAGGAUUCCAUGACUAGAGAACGUGAAGCGGUGGAAUCAGAAUAUCAGUUAAUUGUUAAUAAUGAUGAGAUUAGACGUAAUCUGUUGAUACAAAGUUUAGCCAAUGAAAACUAUCCUCAUGAAAAUUUUACCUGGGGCAAUUUAAAGUCUCUUAAAGAGGAUAUUGAGAGUGAUCAAGAACUACAUAGAAAUUUGCAUGAAUUCUAUAAAAGACAUUAUAGUAGUCAUCGCAUGUAUGCUUGUAUACAGUCUUGCUUGCCACUAAAGGAAUUGGAGCAUUUAGCAAUCAAACAUUUUGCUGAUGUCUUAAACAAUGAAUUGCCGGGUCACGAUUUUGAGCAGUACAAUUAUAAGCAAGCUUUUAAAAGGGAAUUCUUUAAGGAAGUUUUCUUUGUUAAGCCCAUAGAAAAUGUUUGCAAAUUGUAUUUGACUUGGGUGCUGCCUUCCACUUUGAAAUUAUAUAAAUGCAAGCCGGCUAGUUUUCUGUCCUAUUUCCUGGGUUAUGAAGGUGAAGGCAGCUUGUGUGCUUAUUUAAGAAAAAGACUUUGGGCUUUAGAGCUGAUGGCAGGUCCCGAUACCAACAUUAUGUUUACUUUAUUCAACCUAAACAUCACCUUAACCGAAUUGGGCUUCAAACAUUUGGAUGAAGUUUUAAAAGCCACCUUUGCUUAUAUAAAACUCUUUAAUAAAGCCUGCCAGCUAAAAGAAAUAUACAAUGAAGUAUCUUUUGUACACAACAGCAAUUUUCGUUUUGCCACUGAAUCAUCGGCCGGUGAUAAUGUUCAAAAUUUAGUUGGUUGUUGUAAAUAUUAUCCCUCCAAAGAUAUAUUAACUGCAUCCCGACUUUACUAUGAAUUUAAUGAAGCUCAAAUACAAAAUAUAAUCGAUCACAUUAAUCAAUUCCACUUCAAUAUUAUGUUGGUAACGCAACAAACCUAUGAAAAUGUGGUUUAUGACAAAAAGGAAAAAUGGUUUGGCACCGAAUAUACCAGCAAAGAAAUACCCUCUAAAUGGUUGAAAAUGUGGCAGAAUACCGAAAGAAUGCCAGAACUUUAUUUGCCUACAGCUAAUGCUUUCAUAUCGCAUGAUUUUCGUAUUUUCUGGCGGGAAAAUGGUGAAAAGGAAUUACCUCAGACUCCGGAAAAGCUAUUACAAACAGAUACAGCUGAAUUGUGGUUUAGGCAGGAUGAUAAAUUUCUUUUACCACAUGCCUAUAUGUAUUUUCAUUUGAUGUCACCUUUGUUAAGGCAAAAUGCCAGAAAUACAGUUUUAUGUUCACUGUAUCUGGACUUGGUGCAGCAUCACUUGGUGGAAGAAUUAUACCCAGCAACAACGGCUGGUAUUAAUUAUCAAAUAUAUUCUGAGGAAAAGGGUGUUAUUUUAGCGGUCGAUGGCUACAAUGAGAAACUUUAUUUGGUGAUUGAAAUCAUAAUGAAAGCUUUAAUCUCCACCAAAGAUCGCAUCAACGAAUGUCAAUUGGAAAUGUUUAAGAAACAGCAGCAAAAGAACUAUUAUAAUUAUCUUAUAAAACCUGAUCUGGUUAAUGUAGAUUUACUGGGCUUUAUGUUGAAAGAAAAGUACUGGCUGUUGACAGAAAAAUGUAAAUUCAUUGCAGCUAUAAACCUGCUAGAUAUAAAAACAUUUGCUGAAGAAUUUACUCAAGAGUUGUAUGUGCAAGCUUUGAUACAAGGAAAUUUGGAGCAGCAAACUGCGCUUACUGUAAUGGACUGUAUUAUGCAGCAGUUGAAUUGUGUUGCAAUAAAAGAGAAAUCCUUAAUGGAGGACCGAGGCACAGAAAUCCCCUUAGGUUGUCAUAAAAUACUUUGCGCCAACUUAAAUCCCAAAGAUUGUAAUACAAUCGUGGCAAACUAUCAUCAAAUUGGACCACGUUCUUUGCGCACUGAAUGCAUUUUAGAAUUACUUAUAAUGAUGCUGGAGGCAACGCUUUAUGAUGUCCUGCGCACCAAAGAACAAUUGGGCUAUUAUGUCAGCUGUUCUACGCAAAUUAAUCAUGGCAUUAUGGGCUAUUUAAUAUAUGUCAGUUCUCAGGAAACAAAACAUUCGGCUGUUUAUGUCGCCGAACGUAUGGAAGCAUUUCGUGUGAGCAUUCAACAGAUUUUACAGAAUAUCUGUGAGGAAGAUUUUCAAAAUUUUAAAAAUUCCCUUAUAAAACUAAAAGAAAUUAAAGAUGUGACAUUGUAUGAAGAGGUUUCGCGUAAUUGGUGUGAGAUAACCAGUGAAGACUAUUUAUUUCAACGCAAAUCUAAAGAAAUUGAAAUUGUUCAUACUUUGGAAAAGCAGGAUAUUUUAGAGUUUUGGCUACAAAAUGAAGCUACAAAUUUGCGUCAACUGUCGGUGCAAGUAAUGGGUGUUAAGAACACAACAGCUGAAUGUAAAGAAAGACCUGAAGACACUAAUACUAAUUUGGAAUUAGAAUUUUUAGAUUUUGAUAAAGAUGGUGCAGCAAUUGUUAAUUUGGAGGAAUUCAAGGAAAGUCUACAUGUUUAUCCUGCUAUUAAAAUCGAACUAUAAUAAAAACUGCCACAAGUAACAAGCAAACAGGUAAAUCUUAAGCAAUAGCUUUCAAAAACUAAUGUGUUUAUUAAAAAAAAAAGUUCGAACAUUUUAAAAUUAAUUUAGUUUUUAUAGACGUACUAUCAUCCAAAUGUGUGAAAAGAGAUUACUUUUGUUUCAUUGAUAUUUCCCUCUACAUGUUAUUUACAUUUUUGUUUACUAUUUUCAAGUUUUUUAAUUAUUUCAUUACAUAAGUAGUUUAAUUGUUUCUCUUCCCCCCUUAUCAUUAACUACUUACUUACACUCCAAAAAAACAAAACUAACGAACUACAAAUGAAUAGUUGUUAGACAUAAAGAUAAAAAAAAAUUAUUUUGAUAGUAUUUAGAAAAAAAUACAGUGGCUUGUUAAAUAAAAUGUUCAAAUGUAUUUGCAAAAGAUAAAAAUGAUAGCAAUAUUUAUUUAAAAUAACAAAUUAAUAAUUCAUUUAAAUAAUAAACUUCAGAAUAACACAUUUAAA